AUGAUCCAAAGAUCCUGGAACCAUCACUUGAAGACCCCUGGGACGCAUCAAUUCCGCGUCGGUGCGAGUGAGAAACAGAGGGCAGAGGAUGACAUCCACGUAUUCCAUGGUAGCGACUCGAUCUUUCGAUGCUUCCGAAGUACCGGGAGAUCUAUUUAG